AAAAUCUGUAUAAAUGAAAUCUCUUUCUUCUUUAGAAUUACUGUCUCUCUCCGCUACAAAAAAACCAGAUUUUCCUCUCCGCUUCUCUCUCUCUCUCUCGUCGAAAGUAAAACACUCUCCUUUCUCUAUCUCUCUAUCUAUCUUCUGCUCAAACCAUCCAUUGACACAGUUGCUUAGGGUUUCCCUCAAACGCCGCCGAUUGUCUGGAUUUUGACCAAUGGCCUUAGAUCAAUCUCUUGAAGAUGCUUCUGUACUCUAUGGAGAAGGUGCAUUUUGUUUCAAGAGCAAGAAACCUGAACCCAUCUCUGUCUCGGUUUCUUCUGAUGACGGCGAUGAUUCGAAUUUCGACUGCAAUAUUUGCCUAGACUCAGUGCAAGAACCCGUUGUGACUCUCUGUGGUCACCUCUUUUGCUGGCCUUGUAUUCACAAAUGGCUUGAUGUACAGAGUUUUUCAACAAGUGAUGAAUACCAAAGACAUAGACAGUGUCCCGUUUGUAAAUCUAAAGUGUCUCAUUCUACAUUGGUUCCUUUGUAUGGCAGAGGCCGUUGUACUACUCAGGAAGAAGGUAAAAACAUUGGGCCUAAAAGACCUGUAGGACCGGUUUACCGGUUUGAAAUGCCGAAUUCACCUUAUUCCAGUACGGAUCUGCGGUUAUCACAACGGGUUCAUUUCAAUAGCCCACAGGAAGGUUACUACCCUGUCUCAGGGGUGAUGAGUUCAAACAGUUUAUCAUACUCUGCUGUUUUGGAUCCUGUGAUGGUGAUGGUUGGAGAAAUGGUAGCUACGAGAUUGUUUGGAACACGAGUGAUGGAUAGGUUUGCAUAUCCGGACACUUACAAUCUCGCAGGGACAAGCGGGCCGAGGAUGAGAUGGCGGAUAAUGCAGGCAGAUAAAUCGCUGGGAAGAAUCUUCUUCUUCUUCAUGUGUUGUGUUGUUCUGUGUCUUCUCUUGUUUUAAGUUCUCAUAGCUAGCUUGGUUCUACUGUUUACUUUCUUCAAGUGUAAGGAAGCAUAGUCAAUGAAAUGUACAUUUGUGUUGGAAACAAAUCACAGUUGCUUAUGUUCAGGAGUUUGUGUUGGGUUAUAUUCUUGUCUAUAUUUUGGUCUAAGAGAUACAAGCCAUUUAGUUGAAAGGCCAUGUCAAUAGGCCUGAUUUGCAUGUGUGUAUUAAUUCAGCCCAUGGGUAGAACAAUCAGAACUGAGCUUUUCAAAUGCA